AGUGCAGGGAAUCUGCUGGCCAAAAUUAUUGUUUUCUAUUUUAAUUUUUCAAUGAAAUGCCAUUAGUUAUUUCGUUCAGCCCCUUGGCGAGAUGAUACCGAGAUGAAUGUGUGGAUGUGUGGGGCGAGGGAACAUAAUAUUCGCAGGACAAAAAAACAGGUGUGACAGCAGGAAAAUACCGCAUAGAAGACCCGAAUCGAAAAAAUUAAAUUGGUUCCUUAAUUAAAAAUUUACGCUCAGUAGAUUUUUCGGCGCGUUGUGUGAGCUGAGUGAAAAAGUUACUGGUGUUUAAUUGAGCGUUUUUUUAAUAUGAAUAAAAUAAUUUAAUGUUCUUAACAUUUGACCCACUUUACUAAGCUUUGUAGGUUGACCUAUUGGAAGUGAAUGACUAAGCGAGAUGUUAUUUUUAGGAUGAAUCUUUGCAGUUAAUUAAAUAUUUAUAGAUGACUUUCGCAGUGCACAAUUACAGUUACUAUGGAUAUGAUUUUUUUUCUGAUUGAAGUAUGGUGCAACUAGUACUAGAAAAUUCCUAACAAAGAAAUAACGAAAUACAAAAAAAAAAAAAAAACUACCUACUCAAGAAAUGUAAAUAUCAAGAGCAGCAUGAUUGGAACAAUUAUUGAGGGAUCAAUUUAUCAAUAGACAUCCUUUUAUAAAUAGUAACUUCCGCACUAAUAAAACUAAAAGAACGAAAACCUUGGAACAUGUUUAAUGUAACAAUUUUUUAAAUGUAACAUUAGAUUUCCUAAACUAGAAAAAUUAACAUUAAAAGGACUAAAAUAUCAGUAUCCAGAACAUGUUUGUCGUAAACAAUUUUUUUAACUUCUCAUAAUCGCUGAACUUAGAUGUAGAAUAAAGAAGUUGUUUCAAGAAUGGAAGGGGUAGUUGUUUUUGUAUGAAAAUGCUCUAUAGCAUAUUAUGGAGAGUUUGCGAGAGAGAAUAUUAUUUUGAGACUAUAGCGGGGUGUAUGAGGGCCUUAUGCCCGAAGGCGGUACAUAGUCAGUAAUGAAGAAGCAAAAUGUACGCACUCUAUCGUUAAUUGUGUGCACAUUCACUUAUCUACUCGUCGGAGCGGCCGUUUUUGACGCCCUAGAGUCUACUACUGAGAGGAACAGAUUUGAAGUUUUACAAGCAAUCGAAGGCAUGAUUAAAGAGAAAUACAACAUAACAGAGGAGGACUUCCGCGUGAUGGAGACUGUGGUGCUCAAGUCGGAGCCGCACAAAGCUGGUCAGCAGUGGAAGUUCACUGGAGCCUUCUACUAUGCUACCACUGUACUGACCACUAUUGGUUAUGGUCACUCGACCCCAGCGACGAUCGGCGGGAAACUGUUCACGAUGUUUUAUGCGAUCGUUGGUAUCCCAUUAGGGCUUAUAAUGUUUCAAAGUAUUGGCGAAAGGGUUAAUCGACUUAGCAGUGUUAUUAUAAAGUCAAUAAAACGCGCAUUGAAUUGCAAGCAAACCAGUGCGUCGGAAGUUGACCUAAUAUGCGUUGUGACGACAUUGUCUUCGUUGACCAUAGCGGGCGGAGCCGCGGCGUUCUCGAAGUUUGAAGGGUGGAGCUACUUCGACAGUGUCUACUAUUGCUUUAUCACACUUACCACUAUAGGUUUCGGGGACAUGGUGGCGUUACAAAAGGACAACGCACUAAACCGCAAACCUUCGUACGUGAUGUUCGCACUGAUCUUCAUUCUGUUCGGGCUGGCGAUAGUAGCCGCGUGCCUCAACUUGCUAGUACUGCGGUUCGUGACCAUGAACACUGAAGACGAGAAGCGUGACCAACAGCAGGCCGAGCAGGCUCAACAAGUGGCGGUGAGGUUAGAGGGUGACGUCAUCACGGCAGACGGAGCAGUUUUGCGCGGAGUGUCAAGAGGUACCAGGUUACCUGGACCCACCAGACUUAUUAGACCUGGUGACGCGUCCGCAAUCCCGCUGUACUCGGAUGACGACUAUUCCCCAAGUGUGUGCAGUUGUUCAUGUAACUGUUUCGGACCUAAUAGGUCAAUACCAUAUCGCGAUCCACUAUCGCCCGUACUGCCUACGAACAUAAAACAACUGAGAGCGAAGAACUAUCGCGAACUGGGCAGUAUACCGCGUUAUAUAGAAAAAUCCUCAUCGAAAAACUGCUCGCAAUCCCUCAGACUGAACUCAGCAUCCGGCUAUCUGUACAUGAACGCGAAAACUAACGACUUCCAGAUAGAUCCCGAGGAUUUCCGGGAUAUAGUGGCGAAAAGACGCGAACAGCUGCGCAAAGGAAUGAUGUCGUACGACAUAUCCAACGACCAAUACCUGGACCCGUACAAGAAUAGUUUUAAUCGCGCAAGUAGUCCGCACAGCUCCUCAUUAUACUCUAUGAACUUGCGGUCCGACAAUCGAUCGAACGACCCUCUCGUAGACGAUUACGAUUCCGAGAAAUCGAGCUACGCGAAAAAGAAACUGAUGAAGAAUAUAGCUAGGAACACUGGGAAUAAUAAGAAGCGUGUCGAGAACUACUUUUACGACGAUGCGGUGCUGCAUUUCGAUGAUGAAUACGCUUUCGAUGGAUCGAUUAUAUUCGCGAAGAGGAGAAAAUCGAUUGACAGGAAUUGGGACGACUUCACUUGCGAUCUACCUAAAACAUCGAUCUUUCCCGAUCAACUAUCGAACGAUGGGAGUUAUGGCUACUAUUUGCCUGAUGACGAGGAUCAGGAGAAUUAUUUUGUGAAUGACACACUGACAUUCAACCCGCCGUCCCAUCGCGCGAGUAUUUAGUGAACUAAUCGAUUUACACCCGAAAUCUAUCCAUCUAGUCCAAAACUUCCAGAUUGAAGAUUGAAAAUUGAAUCCCUGUGAAGCGUUUUAUUAACCCACUGAUUAAAACUGUAUUGGGGAUCGACGAUGUGACGAUAUCAGGGCCUGAAAAUCAGGAUAUUAGCCUACCGACAAAGCAUUGUCGCCACGCGUUCCGGUACGAUACCGCGUAGAAAAUAAUAAGGGGCUUUAUAAAACUACCAUUUCCCUAGCAGGUAGACUUUCUACCAUCUUAAACUGCACCAUCACUUACUUAUUAUGCAGUCGAGGGCUAACUGUGAAAUGAUUAAAAAAAAUCGACAGUCGAUUGCAUGUUUCUUUCAAACAAAUUGAUUUGUAAACAAGAUAUCAAACCGCUUUUGAAACCGCUAUUACUUGCUCGUAAACAAGUUUCAGAAAAAUUGCAGAAGUACGCUCUAUUCAUGAUCGAAUGAGGUCAAUCAACUCAGUCAACGCUCACACAGUGAAACAGUUAAAGCGAACUUUUUAACGAACGAAACCGCCAUUCUCAAUAAUUUUAUUUUCAAAGUAUAGGGUAUCUUAUGUCUGAUUUUCAAGUCCUGUUCAAUAUAAAUCAAUCGGAGAUCGAUUUCGAUCUAGGAUAAGGGAUACGUUAUUAAUUCGAGCGUUAACAACGAUGAAUAGAAACCGAUUUUACACGUUCCAUCAUACUAUUUUAUAUUCGACGUUUGAAUAUGAAAUUUCUCAUUACCGGACAGUAUAGUUUAUAUGAAGUUGUAAAGUCUAAUUCCAAAAGUUGAGUAUUUAAAUGAGUUAUUAUGAAUUUUUAUUAAAGGUUGUAUUUACUAUAAUACUAAGUGAGCGACUGUAUUGAGGCCACUACAAAUCUUGAAAACGGCCACUAUUAAUUAUCUAUUAAAAAUUUUCCCAU